GGCAAGUGGGAACAGGUAUCACAGCAAGAAACAUGUGCAAACUGCCCUGAUUCACCACCUGCGAGCACGUGUGCAGUGCAGCUGUGAGGAAAGGGACUUCGGAACCACUGAUGUGCUGCUCUCAGGCAAAUCACUGGCAUCAUCAAAACAGCCCUUAUGGCACGUGUGAGGCGUUGGGUUGACCUCUUCCCUAGAAUAAGCUCCGGUUGCUGCUGGCAGGCUCUCAGGACCUGCUGCUCUCACUGUUCUUUCCAUUUUCCAAGGCUGGGUUUUAAGUUUCUGCCUGACUUCUCCAGUAUCUGGAUGCUCAGCAGUGAGUCUGAGCAGCAGCCAAAAGCCUCAGUGUAAGCAGUGCAGAAGGGCAGAGCAGGAUCUGAUUCUUCUCUCCAGAAAUGAUGGCUGUUUUGAUGUAACUUGCACAUGAGUUCCUUGUGGCUGAAAAGAGUUCUUACAUAGCAUCAAAGUACCCCCCCACACAUAAACUUGCACCUUAAAGGAAGGAGAUGGCACUAGAAUCUUGAAAAUGCUCUUCAUCUGGGAGCUUGGGAGAGGGCUUCUCCCACUGAAAAUGGCUCUGGAAGUAGGUGGCUCCUCCUUCCCGUACAAGCAUUUUAUUCCCUAUUUUAACACUAACUCUGUUCUUGUUUUCAAUGUAGGAGCCGUAGCUCUUCUGCCCACUUGUAAGUGCAACUGGUAUGGGUAAUGGUGUGAGAGAAGGUCGAGUGGAUUUCCAGCGGCAGGAUGUGGAGCCGGUUCCAUCAACCCAUCUGCCACCAGAGGAAGCCCGGGAGAAGAAGAAAGUGCUCAACUCCCUGAUGUCUGGUGCAUUGGCUGGUGCUGUUGCUAAAACUGCAGUAGCUCCACUGGACAGGACAAAAAUCAUGUUUCAAGUGUCUUCAAAAAGAUUUUCUGCCAAGGAAGCCUACAGGCUGAUUUAUCGCACCUACCUCAAUGAAGGCCUCUGGAGUCUCUGGAGGGGGAACUCAGCCACUAUGGUCCGUGUGAUCCCUUAUGCUGCCAUUCAGUUCUGUGCACAUGAAGAGUACAAGCAGCUCCUGGGGAGUUACUACGGCUUCCAGGGAAAAGCGCUGACACCCUUUCCUCGAUUCAUUGCUGGCUCUCUGGCAGGCACAACGGCUGCCAUGUUAACCUACCCUUUGGAUAUGGUCCGUGCUCGAAUGGCUGUCACGCCGAAGGAGAUGUACAGCAAUAUUGUUCAUGUCUUCAUCCGAAUAUCCCGAGAGGAAGGAUUGAAGACACUGUACAGGGGAUUUACACCAACCAUCAUUGGAGUGAUUCCGUAUGCUGGGCUUAGCUUCUUCACCUACGAGACGCUGAAGAAACUACAUGCAGAUCACAGUGGGAAGCUGCAGCCAUCCCCCCCGGAGCGCCUCUUGUUUGGUGCCUGUGCAGGUUUGAUUGGCCAGUCAGCAUCGUACCCCCUGGACGUGGUUCGCCGGCGGAUGCAGACGGCGGGGGUCAUGGGACACACGUACAGUUCCAUCCUUCUCACCAUGCAGGAGAUUAUAAGAGAAGAGGGACUAAUCCGUGGCUUGUACAAAGGACUCAGCAUGAACUGGGUCAAAGGGCCAAUUGCAGUGGGAAUAAGCUUCACAACCUUUGACCUGAUGCAGAUCCUUCUCCGUAAAUUACAGCACGGCUCUAAUGUUGAAAGGUAGUAGCUUAAUCCCCACAGCCCUUGCUGGGGAAAAGUACAACACGUGUAGAAAGAGCAAUGCUAGCCUUCCCUCACCUCGUACCUGCUCUCCUGCAGCUGAGAACUCACCUUUACUUGUUUGUUAUUUUCUGUUGUUGGAUUUUCUUCUUUUUAAUGAGCCUCUUGAGUUACUUGGAAACCUCAACCUGAAACUAAUGCUUUCCUAAGCAAACUUCUUCCUAGAAUUCUGCAGAACCGAGUCCUCUGCAGUAGCUGCCUCACCCUUCUGGUUUACUCUCUGAUACCAGGAGUGGAGCCUCUCAAACAAAACCAUGCUGCUGCUGGCUCCUCACCUGGGUCUCUGUGGGCAGACGAAGCGGUGCAUGAUGAAAGAGAGGACUCGGUGCUGGUGGAAUGAAGCCCUGAAUCUGGGAAGUGACUGCUGUUCCCGGUAGGCAGUUCUUAGUUAUUGAACAUGUGUUAGCUGGUGGCAGUCUGCCAAGUGCAAUAUUCCAGUUUGUCUGUAGGGAAUUCCAGAUUCCUCUGACCUGCAAACAUGAGUCUCCAUAAAACAGGACGCAGCAGGAUUUAACAGGUCCAGGUCACUUCCAAAGUAUGAGAAGUUGAAUGUGGGCUCUGGCUGGAAACACUAUCCUUUUUCAAACGUUCUCAUUUCUGGGUUGAGUUGCAUAAAGUAUCUCUUGCUCCAGCAUCCCUCUGAGAUUACCAAAGACAGAGGCCAGCAGGAGAGGGAAAUUCGGAGCAGUUUUAGAAAUCAAAUCCUCAUGUUUGUUGUCAGUGUUGAGGAGGGGCUGUGCCUGGAUUCACAGAUUGGAUUGAAUUGACUUGCAGUAGUGCUUUUGGGCUCCCCAAACCUUUCUGUUGUGGUUAUGGUCUUAAAGGCAGCGUUUUCUGAGGGAUUUGGCAAACCAUAAUGUUGAUGCACUAGAAAAGGAAGUGUUACAGACUUGAAAUUUCAGCAGUUUUAUCCUCCAGUAUUACUGCUGCUGCUUUAUGCAAGAACAAACGUCAGGGAGAUGCAGAUCCAGCGAUCCUGAGAGGCUCUUCACGGCCGGUGAACGUGGCCUGGCAGUUGGCUCGAGCUGCUGGUCCUGCUUCUGAACAACUUUGCUGUCUCAUGGUGCCUGCUGUGUAGGUUGUGUCCCCCCUGUUCAUUAGUCCACACCUAAGCCCGCUUGUUUUUAUUCCUGGAGUUCUUCUGGACCACCUGGGUCCUUGGGAGAAUGGGGGUACCCAAGCCAGUAUUGACCCUUCAGAAAUGAUAACCCAGUGCCAAUCAUUUCCAGCUGCAAUCUGAAAAUGAAUGGUAAAGAACCUUCCAGUGUUUCUAUUUGAGAUCAGUUUUCAGGGAAAGGGCGAAUUCGGGGGGUGGGUUUGGUUUAUGUUCCAUUCCUAGCUGAAAUAUGGAGUGUAACAAAGGUCACAGCAAACUUCAGACUUCUCCGAGAAUCAGAUGACAUAAGCUAAGAUUAAAAAUCCCUUUCCAGCUGAUACAGCCCACAAUGUAUUAAAGAAGACUGAGGUGUCAUUUAGAA